UCAGCUUCCUGUAUCGCCGAUCUUUAAUGAAACCAGCAAGAGGACACCGCCUGCGUCUAGAGCAGCCUGGUCGGGAGCGUAACUGAGUGGCCGGCGGACGUGAAAGGAAAGCGGUGUACGCCUUGUUUUCCUGCCCUUGAGCCAUUCUAGAUGCGGAAAAAUGCUUUCAGAAAGCAGUUCAUUUUUGAAGGGUGUGAUGCUUGGAAGCAUCUUCUGUGCCUUGAUAACUAUGCUAGGCCACAUUAGGAUUGGUCAUGGAAACAGAACGCACCAACAUGAGCAUCACCACCUGCAAGCUCCUAACAAAGAAGAUAUCUUGAAAAUCUCAGAGGCUGAACGCAUGGAGCUCAGUAAGAGCUUCCGGGUGUACUGUAUAAUUCUUGUAAAACCCAAAGAUGUGAGUCUUUGGGCUGCAGUGAAGGAGACUUGGACCAAACACUGUGACAAAGCGGAGUUCUUCAGCUCUGAAAAUGUUAAAGUGUUUGAGUCAAUUAAUGUGGACACGAAUGAGAUGUGGUUGAUGAUGAGGAAAGCUUACAAAUAUGCCUUUGAUAAAUACAAAGACCAGUACAACUGGUUCUUCCUUGCACGCCCGACUACUUUUGCUGUUAUUGAGAAUCUAAAAUAUUUUUUGUUAAAAAAGGAUCCAUCGCAACCCUUCUAUCUAGGACACACUAUAAAAUCUGGAGACCUUGAAUACGUGAGUGUGGAUGGAGGGAUUGUCUUAAGCAUAGAAUCAAUGAAAAGACUCAACCACCUUCUCAGUGUUCCAGAAAAGUGUCCUGAACAAGGAGGUAUGAUUUGGAAGAUAUCUGAAGAUAAGCAGCUAGCAGUUUGCCUGAAAUAUGCUGGAGUAUUUGCAGAAAAUGCAGAAGACGCUGAUAGAAAAGAUGUAUUUAAUACCAAAUCUGUUGGGCUUUUCAUUAAAGAGGCCAUGUCUAACCACCCGAACCAGGUAGUAGAAGGAUGCUGUUCUGAUAUGGCUGUUACCUUUAAUGGACUGACUCCUAAUCAGAUGCAUGUGAUGAUGUAUGGGGUGUACCGGCUUAGGGCCUUUGGACAUAUUUUCAACGAUGCAUUGGUUUUCUUACCUCCAAAUGGUUCUGAGAAUGACUGACAAAUAUCAAGAGCAUGCAUUUGGUAACCACUUUAAGACAUGUUAUUGUUUCUAUUUGAUAAUGCAUCUAACACAGUAAUGUGUUUCCUUUUCUUAUCUGGUCACACUGGUAUAAUCACACAUUGAAGUCUACUUGUACAUUUUCAAAUGGAAUGGUAUUUUUCCCCUUAAAUCACUUGUGAGAAAUUUUAAUGUGUUAGAAACAUGUUUUAAGAAUAGCAAUCAUGCAAAUAUGUAUUUAUAAAUAUUAUAUUUAUGUAAUAAAGACUAAAUUAUAGACAUUAAAAUCUGUGAUGUAUCUUUGAUGAUUAGUUUUAAAUUUUUAAUGUAUCCUUUUAGUUUUCUAAUAUAUGCAAAUGAGAUCUCUAGUGAAUUGUGAUUAAAAUUAUACUUUUA